GUGGUGGCUACAAAUUGUACUAGUGUCGGGACAUCUAGCCUUAACAUGACCAAGAAUUUUCCCCUUCAAAACAGGAUGUUCACAAAUUUUUAGUGGUGCUGAAGACAAACAUGGAUAUUUAUGGGAUCGUCAUUAUGGCACUUGCCUUGCAAAAUUUCCACAUGUUGAUGUUGUGAAUUCAGUGGCAUUCAACCCAUGUGAUCCUGAAAUGUUGGUAACUACUUCAGAUGAUUUCACCAUCAAAGUGUGGAGAUCCAGGAACAGAGUUCAGGAACUGGGACUUGAUGGUGGAAAAUUUACUCGUGGUCUGGAGAUUAGCCAACGAAGGAAACACUGACCCAACUAGAUGAAUUCAAACUCUAGGUGUCAAUCUUAUGUCACAUUAAUUGCUUAAAUUGUUGAUACUGGGACUCUGAUAUGGUAAGAUUGAAACAAAUUAAAGAAGAAUGUGUUUAUGUACGACUUAGCACAUACCUCACUGUUUUUGUGGGAAAUCAAAAACUAAGUUUUAUUCUGUGAAUUGUGUAGCACUUAAGUGCAGCUAUGAUGUAAAAAAAGUGGAUUUUUUUUUUCAUAUUUAAAAAAUAUAUAUAUUUCCUUGUUUGUCAAGUUUAAUUUAUAUUCUAUGAAACAUCCCACUUAUGAAUUCCCUGGAACCAACGGGCAGUUAAAUUUUACAAUCCGUUUGCAAGUGUCCAAAUUGGUGAUCUUUGAUGAUAGAACCAGAAAUUUGAAUCAUGCAUGUUGUUUCAGCUAUGUCUCAUGAUUACUUGCAAUAAUUACAUUGAGAAAAUUGUGUUUUAUAAAAAAGAAAAAAAAACACCUGAUAGAUGACUUCAAAAAUAUCAUACCUGUGAUAUAAAAGUGAUACCUGUUUCUAAAUGAACAUUUUUUUGUUAAAAAAUUUUGUAGUAGUAUUUCACUCUAUUCUUACAAACAAUUGUAAGAAAAAAUGUAGAACCAUUUUUGAGAAAAUUGUGAAAAUGUUCCAGGGACUAUUCAGUUUGGAAAAAAUUCUACCCAUAUUUUAGGCACUAGUGUUGUUCACAGACAGGCAGAUGUUUUGGAAAAGAAAGAGAAAAACAAAUUGUUAACGAGAAGCCAAAACAUAUUUCCAUUGAAAUCUUGAAUCGAUUUUCCCCAGGAAGUAACUUUCUCUAUACCAUGUAGAUGAGAAAACAUAAUUGUUUUUGC